GUUUCAUUGUGUAUUUAAUGACUUUAGGCUAUGUUCAUACUUUUAAUUCCAUAAACACAAUAUAUUGAAGGUAAAUAUUAACAAAAUAACAUAAUUUCUAGCUUUGAUAAUUGGAAAGGUUUUUGUUCAAUCCGUGAAGCGCGCAAAUAUUGCAGUUGCGUCUUGUGGUAUGUUAUUUAGUUUUGUUUCUAAAUUUUUAAGGUAAUGGCUUUCUAGACACAAAUCAAUAUAAGUGAUUUCCAAAGGAAAUGAAAUUUGAAAAAGCGCUUCUAUGCCUUUAAACUGAAAUGAAUUCAAAACUAACUCAUUGCAUUGUGUUAUGUUUCUGUAGACAAGAGCUGCGACCGAUGAACAGGACCCUUUUGGUCCACUUAAAAGGCUACGGUCUUCACAAUUGGAAUGUGGCAAGUUUCUGGAAAUAUGUUAUCUUCAACUAAAGGAACAUUCUGUUGAGGCAGGAAAGGUACGUGCAACAGCAAACGAAGCACGAAUGCAACAUGGAAUGUGCUCUGGACUUAUGAAGCAGUUCAUGACAACAGCAGAAUUUGUAGCAAAUGAAAUGAUGCCGAUGAUGAAACAGGUCAUCAAAAAGAGGAAAAGUAAAAUAAUCAGAGACAUGCUCGAACAAAUAUUAGAACAAGCAAGAGAAAUGAAAAAAGAAGCUGAAAAUGUCAGAGAUAGGUACUGUAAACUUACAGGAAAGUUACAACAGAAUAUAGCGGAUGUAAACACACGGAAUGCAACUGUAAUGCAACAAACAGAAAGGUUAGCAAUAGAAAGGGAAAAAGCUGAAUCAUUGAAACAGCAAUCUGAAGAAGAGCAAAAAGAAAUGGAAGAAGAAAGACGGAGAACAUUAAAUGCAAUACAGAAAAUGAAAGAACAGAGAGAUGAGCUUUUUGCUGGCGCGAUUCCAAGUGAUGUAGACGAUAAGACAUGGAAUGAUCUGAUGAACAUGUCGGUUCCAACCAUGGUAUCGAAAUUAGAUGGAAUAAGUGCUGGAAUUCAGGCAAUAAAAAUGCCUUUAACUCUGAUCAGACAAGGAAUGAGGACAUACGCUGCUAUAAAAGGUGGACAGCAAGCACAAGAGGCCAUUGACAAGGAAGAUGAGAAACAAAACAAACUGAGAGAGGAAAUUCGAAAACGCAAAGAAACAACACAAGAACGAUUGGCACAAAUAAAGCGCACAGAUUUGAGAAUAGCAACCUUGGGUGACAUAUCAGGUCUUCUUGAGGCUCUCAAACAGUUGUCAAAAGUAGAUGAACUGUUUGCAGAAAUAAUAUUGUUCUGGGACAACAUGUUAGUUUUUCUAAAAAGUCUACAUGACAAAACUGGGGCGGGGAAAAGCUUUCUGACAGCAUUAAAGACGAAGAAAUACGCCAAAAUGUUUGAAGAAACUAUUUCAAGAGCAGAAGCGGAAUGGAGAAAAUUUGGAGCAAUCUGUCGAGCAUAUGCCAUGCAAACAGACCAAGAUACAAGGAUGGUAUAUAGAUUUCUGUCAACACCUGUUGACCUCAUGGAUGUCACAGAAAGGCAGUCAAGGAUCCGUCAACUUACAUACGACAUUGAACAAAACAUGCUCCAACUUGAAUUCUAGAGAUUCAAUGGCUCAACGAUUGCUUUGGGAGAAUAAAUGAUUUUAGUUAUUGUUAUUUGUGCCACUGUAAAAAAAAAAUUGUA